AUGGAGAUUUUUCUAAGUUAUGCAGCAUGUUUGGUUCGCUGUGCUCUUUGGUUAGCAAUUUUUGCUCACACCACGACAUCAUAUUGGCAUAAAACAGUAUUCUUGGCCACCGUCCGCAGGAUCAAGGGCCAGUCUAUCACCAAGCCGGAGCUGGGUCAGCCAGCACUGUUGUCCGCUUCAAUAGGCCCUAGUCAGCAUCCUCUUGACAUCCUCCAUGCUGAGUCCUUCAGUACCAUCAGGGCCCUCCAGCCAACGCCGCAGCAGUACAUCGCCCUCUCCACUUGCCAGUCGAGCGAAGAGGUCCUUUACCUCAGCCAUCUCAAGACGACCUGA